UUGCAUCUUUUUUUUUUUUUUACUCUUAAUAAUAAAAUAAAUGUAUUUAUGGGCCUAUUUAUAACAAGUAUAUAUUUGUGCACCAUUUCUAACAGUGAUAAUGUAUUUGUAUGUUUACGUUAUGUAUUUUUUGUAACCAUCAUUGUCACUACGUUUUGUUUUUGCGUUAAAAUAAAUCAAUCAAUAACAAAUGUAAAUAAAUAAAUAAAUAAAAGAUAAAAGAAAAAAAAGAAAGAAAAAGAAAAUGGACUUCCGGCUGGUAGUCUCGCGAUACUGCAGGCAUCUCAUUCGAGUACAUUGGAGGGAUAUCUACUGUGCUUGCUGAGCAGCUAACACAUUAGCAACUUAGGCAGAACUUAUCAUUUCCCGACAGACUUCUUAUCGUAAACAAGUCAGUUCUGGUCUCACGGGUCUUCUCAUUUGCAUACCACAACACCAGUAAACCCCCCCAAAAAUGGACUUGGAAGACGACACAACCAUUUUGACGACCUUGAAGUCCUUCAACACGUUCAUCAGUCGUCCUGAACGUCCACAGCUGCCGUCUGAGCGCUCAGCCGGGAGUGGGAUCCUUCAGAGUCAAUUUAAACGCAGCAUGGAGUUACUGGAAGCAGCAGAGAGGGUUCACUCUCAGAAUCGCUUUCUCCAGUUGGACCAGGAGAAGAAACAAAUGGAGCUGAGCCACAAGCGAGCUCGUAUUGAGUUGGAGAAAGCAGCUUUUGACAGUGCUCGAGACUUUGAGCAUGAGUUGGACAGAAACCAGGAACUUUUGGCAAGGGUGAAAAGGUUGGAGGGGAGGGAAAUUGACGUGAAUAAAAACUUAUCAGACCAGGUUGAGGAAAAUCAAGUUCUUCGAAGGAAUCUGGAGACGGCAAACAAAAAGUUGGAAGAGCGAGACUCCAAGCUGAAUACUGCUAACACGGCCAUCAUUUCUUUAAAGGAUGAGCUCAGAGAGUUGAGGCAGAAAAUUCAAAACCAAGAUUUGCUGUUGUCAACCCAAAAUUUGGAAAAACAGGAACUUCAGGAACAGCUGGAUUUGCAGCGCAGAAAAUAUCAUGAAAUCUCACAACUAUGUCAGACUCUCCAAGCUGCCCAGUCUUCAUGCUCGGAGCACAUAAUUAAAAUAAAGGAGCUGGAGAGGCGUCUUAUUCUGCAGGAACAAGACAUGUCAAUCGUGAAGACUGUGAAGUCGGAGGUGGCCAAAGUUUCAGAUCUGGAAAAAGAAAUAAAGCGCCUUCGAGAAGAAAAUUAUUUCCUAAGGGAGAGCAGAGAGAACUGCAGCCUCUUAAAAGAAGAAGCAGAAGGACUACGGAAAAAACUGGAAAGGAUGGAGAAAACCAAAGAAGAGCUCGUCAGUGUGGAGCUUGAAAAGCAGAGGCUGGCUGAGAAGCUCCAAGCUUGGGAGAACCUUGGGCAAUCAACUGGACUCAACAUAAGGAAACCGGAGGAUCUGUCCAGGGAGGUGAUUCAGAUCCAGCAGAGAGAAAUUGCCCUGAAAGAGCAGAACUACACACUCAACAGCCGUGUGAGGAGCGUGGAGCGUCUGCAGUCUGAGCUCCGUGCAGAAUUAACCCAGCAGGCCACCAAGACUAUGGAGGAGCAGAAGAAGAGAGAAGCACAGGAUUCUCUGGUCCGGCGCCUGCAGAAGCGAGUGCUGCUUUUGACUAAGGAACGCGAUGGGAUGCGUUCAAUACUAGAGUCUUAUGACGGCGAGCUGGCAUCUACAGAGUACUCUCCUCAACUUAACAAGCGUCUCAGGGAGGCAGAGGAAGUGCUGCAGAGGACGCAGAGCCACAACACUGAGAUGGAGGCUCAGCUGACCAAAGCAGAACAAGAUGUGGGGGCACUAAAACUACAGUUACAAACAGUGGAGCUGGAGCUGGAUUCCUUAAAGAAACAGCAGGCUUCUUCUGCUGAAAGCAGCUCUUCAGUGAGCAAAGAAGAAGAUUACACUCUCAGAAAGAAAAUUGAAGAUUUGGAGGCAGAGCGGCAACGAUUGGAGGAACAGAAUAAUAUUUUGGAGAUGAGACUAGAGAGGAACAACAUGCAGGGAGACUAUGAUCCAGUUAAGACCCGAGUUCUCCACUUCAAAAUGAACCCCACCAGUGUUGCUAAGCAACAGCAGCAGCAGGAAGUGGAGACUCUCCGAGAGGAAGUGACAACUCUGAGGGAACUUGUGCGUUCCUUGCAGGAAGGAGGGGCAAUGCUGCAUGCACAAGACAGCUCGGGCAUUUACACCCCCAACAUCGGCCUCAGUUUACCCCCAUCCAAGGAGGUCCAGGAUCUUCGUAAGCAGAUGGAGAGCUCCGAGCUGAGGAACCAAAGACUGAAAGAGGUGUUCCAAAAGAAGAUUCAAGAGUUUCGCACCGUCUGCUAUGUCCUGACUGGCUACCAGAUAGACAUAACCACUGAAAACCAAUACAGACUCACCUCAGUCUAUGCAGAACACAUGGAUGACUCCCUGCUUUUCAAAAAGGGCUCCAGUGGAAGCAUGCAGCUCAUGGAAACGGAGUUCUCCAAAACUCUGGGAGAGAUGGUGGACCUCCAUCUGCAUCACCAGAAAAGCAUCCCUGCCUUCCUCUCCGCUGUGACGCUUGACUUGUUCAGCCGACAAACCACCAUUUGAUCCUCUACAACAUCCUGGAGAUUGUGUUGCUUGUUUAACAUGAAUUGGAUUUUAUUUUGAAUCCACAUAUUUUCCUUGUGGCUUUCAUCACUCUAAUAGAAAUUUUGAGGGUUGCAUUAAGAUGAACGACCAAAAAUCCAUUCAUAUUGCGUAGUUUAAUUCUAAAAAUUGAUGUAUUUUACUGAAAGAUAAUCUGUAAGGAAACAAAGUGACAAAAUGUCUGUGUUUGCAUUGAAAGUGUGUUUUUAAAAGUUGCUUCACCUUCAAAUAAUUUGAACAAUGUGGAGCAGCAGAAGUGCACGUGUGAUUUUCUGCAUCUCAGUGGUUUAUUCUUUUGGAUUUCUGUAUAACUUUAUUUUGUAGAGCACAAAAAGACAAAAAAAAUCCUGAUUUCUUACCAUAAAAACCCCGUAGUCAUUCAGAACCUUUAGUUUACUGUUUAAAACUGUAUUGGAAAAAGAAUAAAAGUGAUCAAGUGAUUCCUCUUUA